AUCACAGGCGCAACGUCCCCAGUUCCUGCUCUUAUAAAUGCGCCUGGAUCCGAAGUCUCGGUACCGGAGAAUGAGAGAAACACUAGCGAGGUUUCACACAAAGAGACAUUGGACCUGCCAGUCCUUUAGUUUUUAUUUCAAUUUUCUUGUUUCACCAGGUGUGUUAUAGUAGCAAAUACGAUGGCCGUGUCCGCCAGCGCCAGCUUGAGUAAAGCUGUGAAGAAGCAGUACAUGGAGCUCCCUCAGGGGGAUAAAGUCCAGGCCAUGUACAUUUGGAUUGAUGGAACCGGAGAGGGGCUCCGAUGCAAAACCAGGACGCUUGAUUUCGAGCCCAAAAGCAUCGAAGAUCUGCCUGAGUGGAACUUUGAUGGCUCCAGCACCUACCAGUCUGAAGGCUCCAACAGCGACAUGUAUCUGAUCCCUGCUGCCAUGUUCCGUGAUCCAUUCCGCCAAGACCCCAACAAGCUGGUCCUGUGUGAAGUGAUGAAGUACAACCGCAAACCUGCCGAAACCAACCUUCGGAUCACGUGUAAGAAGGUGAUGGACAUGGUGGAGGACCAGCAUCCCUGGUUUGGCAUGGAGCAGGAGUACACCAUCCUGGGCACAGACGGACACCCAUUCGGCUGGCCAUCUAAUGGAUUCCCUGGACCUCAAGGUCCAUACUACUGUGGCGUGGGAGCUGACAAAGCCUAUGGCAGAGACAUAGUGGAGGCCCAUUACAGAGCUUGUCUGUAUGCUGGAGUCCAGAUUUGUGGCACAAAUGCAGAAGUGAUGCCUGCUCAGUGGGAGUUCCAGGUUGGACCUUGUGAAGGGAUCAACAUGGGCGAUCAUCUGUGGGUGGCCCGCUUCAUCCUGCACCGUGUUUGUGAAGACUUUGGUGUUGUUGCCUCAUUUGACCCCAAGCCAAUCCCUGGUAACUGGAACGGUGCUGGCUGCCAUACAAACUUCAGCACGAAGGAGAUGAGGGAGGAUGGUGGAUUAAAGGCUAUCGAAGAUUCCAUUGAGAAGCUUGGGAAGAGGCACCGCUAUCACAUUCGUGCCUACGACCCCAAAGGGGGGCUCGACAACGCCCGCCGACUCACCGGCCACCAUGAAACUUCAAACAUCAAUGAGUUCUCUGCCGGUGUGGCCAACCGCGGUGCCAGCAUCCGCAUUCCUCGUAACGUUGGCCAGGAGAAGAAGGGCUACUUCGAAGACCGUCGCCCGUCUGCCAACUGUGACCCGUACGGUGUGACCGAGGCCCUGAUCCGCACCUGUUUGCUGAGCGAGGAGGGAGACGAACCUGCGGAUUACUAAACCCACCACUCAUGGACUGACUCCCACUGCCCUCCUGACUCUAUCUUUUCUUUAAUCUAGUACUGUAUUUUUUUUUUCUUUCUCUCCCACUGAGAUGAUUUAACCUGCAUUUAAUGGCUUAAAGUUGGCUGGUCAACUUAAAAUAUGACAAGGUAAUGAUAUCCUUGGUAGUUGUGAGCUGGUCAUGGCAGGGUAUGUCUUUCCCCUCAUCUUUAGAAGGGAUUGGCUUUUGUAACACUGUUUUAUAGCCCAUGUCAUAUCAUUCCCUUUUUCGUCUGUUGGUGACUAAAAAAAAUGAACUAAAGCACAUGGACACUGCAGAGUUAGGCUGCUGAGGCUGGACAGCAUGUGUAACUUAAUAAAUCUGACUAGUUCAUGUAUUGUUAAUAUAUGUUGACCUGCCUUUUCAAGUAUCCAGUCUUCAAUGUUACUAAUUCUCUCAUUUUAUGAAGUGUCUAUUUUUAAAUGGCAACGUUUUGAUGUCUUCAGAUUUUGACACACUGGGUCAACUUGUAUGGUACACUUUGUAGAUGUCUGUACCCAGACGUAAGUUGUUAAAAUGUGGUGGAUCUGUCCAUAAUGCCAUUUGUAGAUUUCCUCAAGGAGUUUUAUCCUUUUGUUAACUUGCGAUAUUGUAAUGCACCUGAUUUUGGUAAAACAUCAAGUUUACUGAAGCUGGUGUUUUUUAUUGAUACAUUUUAAAACCUUUAUUUUUAUCACAA